AUGGCACUCAAGAGCCGCAUCUCGUCGCCCCUGGAGGCCGGUACCUCCAUCCUCGACGUUCAGAACCUACCGCCCCAUCUUAACGAGGCCCUGGAGUACGCCUCCAAGCGCCUCGCCAGGAAGUCCAUCCACGUCACCCUCGUCGUCGCCCGGCGCGAGUACCAGCUUCCCACCCUCCUCCCUUCCUCCUCGGCCUCCUCGUCUUCCGCCCUCUCCUCGCCGGCCAUGUCGCCGCCCGCCUCUUCCUACAGCAACUCCUCCUUCUCCGCCUCCCGCUUUAACUUCAAGAAGCUCGUCAGGUCCAACACGGGCUCUAGCAUCUCUUCCACCUCUUCCGUCUCCUCCGCCAGCAGCGCCGCCUCCGCCUCCGCCCCCGACACCUUCGUCUUCACGCCCUCGUUCCUCAUGGACACCAACGGCCCGCGGCUGCGCUGGCCCCUGUCGCCGGGCAUCCCCCUCUCACCCCCGCCCAUGACGCCCAGCACCGCUUCCUCAACCAUCACCGACGCCUCCGGCCCCAUGUCGCCCAACCCCUUUGGCGUCCGCCUCAUCCAUGCCGACCUGCUUACCGACAAGCAGGAGCGGACGCUGAGGCAGACCAUUGAGCGGGCCGAGAAGAAGUUCCGUAUUGGAACUGAAUGGCUCCCGCCCGUCGUUGACGGCUCCGCGUGCGGCGUCACGAGUAACCUCAUCCGCCGCUCCAUCGUGCAGAACGAGGUCCUCUUCGCCUCCGAUGGCCUCACCCUCGUCUCCCUGGACCGCCUGUACACCUUCAAGGCCGCCCUCUCCAGCUACUCCCGCACCGACGCGCCCCUGAGGCUCGAGGACGCCGUGGACGAGCUCCGCAGGCUGAUCCUCUCGCGCGCGGGCCGCAAGGUCUCCAAGUCUGAACUGCUGCGCUCCUACGACUGGCUCGGCGUCACUGACGUCGCCCUCAACGACGUCGACAAGAUGUACCGCAGGGCCUACGGCGGGCCCGACCGCGUCGGCGCCAUCGAGGGCGUCGGCUCCGCCGAGCAGGUGGAGCGCACCGUGAGGGAGCUCGAAAGGGAGGUCGACGACACCUUGGCCGCCGCCAUGGGCACCAUCCGCAUCGCCAAGCCGCCCUCCCCCAAGGGCCCCGUGCUGCGGGUGCUGACCAACUUCGACAACAAGCCGCUGUCGCCGCCGCGCGAGGUCAAGGCCGGCGAGGUCUCCGACGAGGAGGAAGACCUCACCGCCCGCCCGGAGCGUCAGCCGCCCGUGUCUAUCUGGAGUCCCAUCUCCAUCGCCGAGGUCCUCCACGACGACAGGCAGCAAGCGGGUCCGGUGACACCCAACGCGUACGACGACAUCUCCCCCAUCACCCGAGGCGAGUGGGGCUUCCUCAUGGGACCCGGCGGCGCUGGAGCCGGCCGCACCGCCCCAGUCAUGACUUGCUGA